AUGGGCGUUAGUACCGGAAUGUUCGACCUGGAGAAGCAUUACGCCUUCUACGGAGCUUACCACACCAACCCCAUCAACAUCCUUAUCCACACUGUACUCGUGUGGCCUAACGUCUUCGCUGCCCUCCUUUUCCUCUACGCUGCGCCACCAUUUCUAGAUCUCUCUAAACUAGGGUUCUUUGAUGGUGUCUUGCGCUUGGACAUUGGCCUCAUCCACGCUAUGAUUCAUGCAAUCUUCUACGUAUGCAUGGAUAAGAAAUCUGGGGUUUUAGCUGCUCUAAUGUGUAUUUCUUGCUGGAUCGGCUCCAGCUUCCUCGCAGCUCGAAUGGGACUUUCCUUGACCUUGACGGUUGGAAUAGCUGUUCAGUUCUUUUGUUUUGUCGGUCAGUUCUUCGCUCACGCCGUAUUUGAGGUUAUGCAAGCUGUUUUUGGUUACGAGCCAUAUCCUGGGUUUAAAAAGCGUGUCGACUCCAAGAUAGAGAGUGAGAUCAAGAUAUGGAGAGAAAAGACACAGCAGAAGAAGGUCACGUAA